AUGCUGCUGCCUCUGAAGUAUGGUGGUAAGGGCAUGCGGCCGGCUGUGCUGCUCAGUCCCAGCUCCUCAGAGGCCCGGGACGAGGCUGCGGCCACAGGCAGGACAGGACUCGCUGUUUGGUCCAGAGAAGCGCUCGGUGAGCCAAGAGUCGCCCCCUUCUCUGAGACAAUCCAAGGGGGUCUCCAGGAGGGACUUCAGAUCACUGUCCAUGGAACUGUUUUACCCUCCAGUGGAACCAGGUUUGCUGUGGACUUUCAGACUGGCCGCAGUGACGAUGACAUUGCCUUCCACUUCAACCCAUACUUUGAAGAGAGCAGGUAUGUGGUCUGCAACAUGAAGCAGAAAGGACGCUGGGGGUCAGAGGUGAGGAAGAUGCCACUACCCCUUCAGUGGGACAGUCCCUUUGAGUUCAGCUUCCUGGUGCAGAGCUCAUGUUUCCAGGUGGUGGUGAACGGGAGCCUCUCAGUGCAGUACACACACCAUCUGCCCUUCCAUGGCAUGGACACCCUCUCUGUCACUGGCCCUGCGCAGCUGUUCUCCAUCAGCUUCCAGUCUCCAGGGAUCAGGCCAGCCAACCCCGCUCCCAUUUCCAGUCUCACUCUCUCUUCUGACCCUCUUCAUUUUGGUUCUUUCUGUGAGUUAAAAGGAGGAGGCAGGGCCAGGCAUUGUGCCUCUCCCAUAGGAGGGUGUGGCCUUGGUGGGGUCCAUGACAAGGCAGGAAGUUCUGCCAAGGCUGAUGUGAGACGGAAGGUAAUGGUGAAUCCAAGGGCUGUGGCCUCAAGACCUCAGUGUCCCAUUGGAACAUCCCCUCUCAAAUGUGUGGGGACCGUGAGUGUGUCACUCCCACAUGAAUUAUCUGGUCUCUUUUCAACAGAAUCCCACACCCCUCCUAUGGCUUAUCCCAACCCAGCCUAUCGGUAUCCGUUCUUCACCAGCAUCCCGGGUGGGCUGUACACCUCCAGGAGCAUCAUGGUGUUGGGCACCAUCCUGCCCAGUGCUCAGUGGUUCCACAUCAACCUGCGCUCUGGGAGUGACAUCGCCUUCCACCUGAACCCCUGUUUCGAGGAGAACGCCGUGGUCCGCAACACGCAGAUCAACGGCUCUUGGGGGCUUGAGGAGAAAAUUCUGCCUGGAAAAAUGCCCUUCACCUGAGGCGGGAGCUUCUCUGUGUGCAUCACCUGUGAAGCCCACUGCCUCAGGGUGGAUGGGGAUGGUCAGCACCUGUGUGACUACGAGCACCGCCUGCAGAACCUGCCCAGCAUCAACAAGCUGGAUGUAGUGGGGGACAUUCAGCUGACCCAUGUGCAGACAUAGGCGGGAUCCCUGGCCUGGGCUCGAGGGCUGGGGCACGUUGCUGUCUGGAUCUGCUCAUCACCUCCACCUUCCCCGUCCCUGCCCCAGCCCCAGCCCUUCCCAGCCUGCCGAGGGUCUCUUUUCUGGGGAGACCACGCCCUUGUCUGGCCUUGAUGAAGCUUCAGCCA